AUGGGUGGCUGGUGCCCCCAGCCACUGCGUAGCCAGUGGGAGAGCUGGGUGUGGUCGCUAUCUUUUACUCCCUUCUCGCCUAGGGGUAAUAUUAGCAGCAUCCUGAAGUCACCUUGUCACUCCCUGACAACCAGGAAGCACAGUGAGAGCCAGUGGCUGCGAACUGUCCUGCUGCUGGAACUGUAUCACCAGGGCAACACCUGUAGCCUGGACACAGGCACCAGACACAACAUGGGGUUGGGGGUCAUUCCUGACCCCUUCCUGGGCCACAAGGUGACCAGUGUCAAGGGUGACAAUGCCUAUGUCUACAUUCCACUCAUCAUAAUCUCCUCCUGUCUGGCUGGAGGCCUCAUCUUGGCCUACACCCACUCUCACAAGCUCAUGGAGGCCAAGGAUGAGCCGUUCCAACCCUCCCACGAAUACCAGUGGGCUGCAGGAGGUGCCCUGGAUGUUGCUGCCAAGACUGCCACGAACCCGCUGGCUGAAGGUUGCUGCCACCUCACAAUCGGGGGACUGCCUACCCUUACCCAGGUCACCUCUAGACCCAGGGGGUCUAGAACCACAGCAGCAGCUAGUGUGUGCCUUGGUCACCUCCUUUAUCCCUGGGCAUGGUCCCUGCCUUUUCCUUUCCUUCUAGGGUUCUCCUCACCUGAGACCCAGACAGUGAUAAGAGGCCAGAAGAUCUAG